AUGGAACAAAUCCUUGGAAGUAAUCGUCCCGUAAAACGUGUCGACCGCAAAGCGUUGUACACCAGACUGGAGGCACGUAUCAAUUACCUCCGGGACUUCCUAGACUUCAACACAUCCGACAUCGAAGCACUCACAUCAGGCUCCAAGUACAUCAAAGCCUUGAUUCCCGCCGUCGUCAACAUUGUCUAUAAGAAACUCCUGGAACAGGACAUCACUGCCCGCGCCUUCCACACUCGCAACACCGCCGAUGAGAGACCCAUUGAGGAUUUUUACUCGGAAGAGAGUCCUCAAAUCCUACGAAGAAAGAUGUUUUUGCGGUGGUACUUGACCAAACUAUGCUCCGAUCCGACGCAGAUGGAGUUCUGGCGGUAUCUGGACAAAGUAGGAGUGAUGCACUCAGGAUCAGAGCGGAUGCACCCCCUCAAUAUCGAAUACAUACAUAUGGGAGCCUGCUUGGGAUUCAUCCAAGAUAUCUUCACCGAAGCGCUCAUGUCCCAUCCCCACCUCUCACUCCAUCGCAAAGUGUCUCUGGUACGAGCCAUUAGCAAAAUCAUCUGGAUCCAGAACGAUCUCAUCGCUCGAUGGAGAAUUCGUGACGGCGAGGAAUAUGCCGAUGAAAUAUCCCAAAUCCCCAUCGACGAAAAGGAGGGCUACCUUGGCGAAAAGAAAAUCCUAGGCGACAGCAGCGCGUCGAGUGACGAUGACCGCUCCAGCAUUGCCAGCAGUUGUGCACCUUCUGCGACCUCGGCUUGUCCCUUUGCAGAUCUAGCAAAACCCAUGUCCGAGACUAAGAUCUGGGCUGGAAAAUGA